AUGACGCAGAUUAGUGCCAAAGAGUCUGGAUCUAGUGAAAACUACAGGAUGCUGUCCCUUAAAUCCCCGCUCGGACUCCUCACUGUUUUGGUUUUCCAUCUUCUGCAAACGCACUCUUCUAAUGGUCAGUCUCAGUUAAUUGGUUCAUCUCAGCCAAUAGUGGCAACAGUUGGUGAUGAUAUCAUUCUGCCAUGUCAUCUGGAACCUGCAGAGGAUGUUACUGCAAAAAUAUUGGAGUGGACAAGACCUGACCUGAAGCCCAGUUAUGUCCAUGUGGUGCGUUCAGGUCAAGACCUUGUGGAAACAAAACAUCCAUCCUACAAGGACAGAACAUCACUGGUCAUUGAAGAGCUGAAGCACGGAAACAUUUCACUGAAACUCUCCAAAGUGAAACUGUCUGAUAAGGGAACUUAUAAAUGCUACAUUCAUGAAAAUAGACAAUCUUCUGUUAAUUUGGUUGUUGUAUCAGAUGCAGUCUCUUCAGCUUUCAUCAGUUUAGCAGGUAUUGACAGAGACAGAAAAGGAGUGGUGUUACAGUGUGAGUCUAAAGGCUGGUAUCCAGAGCCUGAGGUGUUUUGGUUGGACGGUGAGCGAAACCUCCUCUCUGCUGGACCUACAGAGACAGUCAGAGGUCCUGAUUACCUCUAUACUGUCAGCAGCAGAGUGACUGUGGAGAAGAGACACAGUAACAACUUCACCUGUAAAGUUCAACAGACGAAGAUCAACCAGACCAGAGAGACAUACAUUAUUGUUCCAGAUGAUUUCUUCCCAGUCCUGGACCUGCCUGGUUCUACAUCCAGUUCAUCUGUUCCUACCAUCAUUGGUGUGAUUGUUGGCAUCAUCUUUAUUCUUGCAGUUGUUCUUGUCGUGUGGAAAUUGAGACAAAACAAACUCAAGAACAAGAAGAACAACGAGGAUGAAGAAACACAGAGAAUGAGAGACAUAAGCAACUCCACAAGUAACAAUCCAGAAAAAGAAUCCCUGAUAAAAACAGAGAAAGAAAGAGAGAUGGCGAAGAAUGAGGACAAAAAGAUGAAUUCUUUAAGUGAAGAAACAAAACUUCAAUGUGAAACAGAGAAGGAAACACACCAAAGAGAAACUAACAAUGUUGUGGUCCAGACACAAGAAGGACCACUGCAACAAUCUGUUAGUGAAGAAGCAAACCUUCCUGUUCCAGUAAAACAAGAAACAGACCAACUACUGAAAGAAGGAAAGAUAAAAACUGGUUUGGACAAGACAGAAGAAAAGACUGAACCAACAAGUAAAGGAGCAGAAUCUACAGGUUCAGCAGAAACAUGCCAAAAACAGUCAAAGCAACAACCUAUAAAUAAUGAUGGAGACGGACAACCAGUGGGUAUCAUAGCAGGAGAAGGAAAGAAAAAUGAGGAAAAUGAAGAAAAGAAAACACAUUCUACAACUAAAGCAGAAAAAGAGAAGGAGACAGAAAUGGACAAAGAGAGGGAAAAACUUCCGAAACAACUACAGAAAAAAGAAAGAGAAGAGAAAAUCAUUGAAGGAAAGAUUUCUAGAUAUAAUACAAAUAUGAAGAUACAAGAAGAAAAGAUAAACCAACUCAGAGCACAGUUGGAGGAGGUGGAGAAGAAGCUUCAGUCAGUAAACAGUGAAAAAGACGACGCUGAAACACAGAAAGUAGCAGCAACAGAAGAAAAAUGUGCAAAGAAUGAUCUGGAGGAGAAGAAGGCAGAACUUCAGAAAGACUUACAAAAAUCAGAGAAAGCACUACAGAGAAACAAGAGUGAUUUAAAUACUAAAACAGAAAGGAAAAUGAAAAUAACAAAUGAAAAGAAAGAGAUAAUUGAAAAAUUAAAGGAGAUUCAGAUUGAUUCAGACGAGGAUCUUUGA